AUGACUAUGUCGGAGCUUGAAGUCGAGAUGCCAGAAUACAGUCUGCAGGAAGUUGCAGCACAUAACACCAAGGGUGAUGUAUGGAUUGUGAUACAUGGAAAAGUUUUCGAUAUUACAGAAUAUGUAGAAGAUCACCCCGGAGGGGCAGACGUUCUGCUUGAAACUGCAGGUAGCGAUGCAACGGCUGAAUAUGAAGAUGUUGGGCAUUCGGAUGAUGCUCUCGAGAUCAUGGAGCCAUUUCAGGUCGGCACUCUUAAAGAUGCCCAGCAAUAUGUGCGCCCUAAGGCUGUCCGUGUGGUAUCCCGGGAAGCACUGAAUGAGAUCAAAUCAUCCAACAAUGCCAGCCUGAUCAUUGGCACUCUAGGAGCUGUGCUACCAAUUCUGUACGUCUGCGGUCCAGGCAAUUCUCGCUUUGCACAAGGUCUGGAGGCCAUUUCCAGUCUGCUUUCUCAUCAGCUGAAGAGCCUCAGUCUACCUCGCGGUGGAUUUGUGAAUGGAUUUCUCGCUGCAAGCAUGAUUUCCGGAGUCAUUGGUGUGAUGGUUGCUCGCCAAGUGAGCAGUUUCACAAAGAUUGAAUCUGGCUUCAUGCGAUACCCGCCCCAUAUUAAGGUAAAGCGUGUGGUUCGAGCCGAUCCUCACCUGGCCCGCGGAUUCCUUGUUGCACAGAAAUAUCAAUCCCUUCCCCUAGUUGAGAAAGAGCUCGUGUCCCCCAAUGUGUACCGUUUUGUGUUUGCUCUUCCCACGGUGAAUGGUAUUCUUGGUCUACCCAUUGGACAGCACGUCGCAGUCAAAGCCAUGAUUGAUGGAGUGGCAGUGACGAGGUCUUACACGCCCGUUUCCAACAACCUCGACCGCGGACGUCUCGAGCUUGUGGUGAAAAGCUACGACAACGGGCUACUCAGCAAAUAUCUUGCCAGGCUCAACAUUGGCGCUGAAGUGGAUUUCCGAGGCCCCAAGGGCUCAAUGCGCUACACUCUCAACCUCUGCCGCAGAAUAGGCAUGGUGGCUGGUGGCACAGGCAUCACACCCAUGUAUCAAGUCAUCCGAGCAAUCUGCGAAAACGAUACCGACACAACGGAGAUCAGUCUAAUCUACGCCAACCGCUCGGAGUCAGAUAUCCUCUUACGAAAGGAACUAGAGACAUUUGCUCGUCGCUAUCCCCAAAACUUUAAACUGUGGUACGUUCUAGAUAGCGCACCAGCAGAUUGGGAAUACGGAACAGGCUACGUGAACCAGACUACACUGGCCGAGCGUCUCCCAUCACCAGCACCCGACACCAAGAUUCUACUGUGUGGACCACCAGGCUUCAUCCAUGCGACUAAGGAAAACCUGGGCGCACUAGGAUUCAAACAGCCCGGGACAGUGUCCAAGAUGAGCGAUGAGAUUUUUUGUUUUUAG